GCCGGCGACGCGCGCCUGCGCAGUAGGCACCAAGAUGGCGGCAGCGCCGGGAGGGCUGCAGGAGGAGGCGCUGAGGCGGAAGGAGCGGCUGAAAGCCUUGCGGGAGCGCACCGGCACCGCGGCCAAGCAGAAUAAAGACGACGAUCCCCCAGAAGCCAAGCAGUUCAGAGGCAACGCUGAAGAAACAGAGGCGCCAAAGCACAAUGAGCUGAAGCUGCGGAACUACAGCCCGGAAGACGAGGAGCUCAAGGUGCGGGUGGUGCCUCAAGCCAAGCCAGUCUCAGUGGAGGACAAGGUGAAGGACCAGCUGGAGGCCGCCAAGCCUGAACCCAUCAUUGAAGAAGUGGACCUGGCUAACCUUGCGCCCAGGAAGCCCGACUGGGAUUUGAAGCGAGACGUUGCCAAGAAACUGGAGAAGCUUGAGAAGCGAACGCAGAGGGCAAUCGCAGAGCUGAUAAGAGAGAGGCUGAGAGGCCAGGAGGAGAAUUUGGCAUCGGCUGUGGAUUCGGCGAAGCAAGAUGGAAGCGAUUCGGACUGAGGCAGCCGCUCGUGGGCUCUCGGAGAGGCCGAUUCCCAUGACAUCGGGCGGGUCUUGACCGUGAUGCCUUGUGAAGAAGCCUCAGUAGUUCUCUCCCAGGUGCUGGCCGCCCGUGCGAUCAGCCCUGAUGUGUCUGGUGCGAGUCUAAGGACUUUGGGGUUUUCAGAACUGGGGCACUCGCAAGGGUUAAAAGCUGGUUAUUGCGGGAGGCAGGGGGACGUCAUCUUGGAGGUUCUGUCUGUGACGAGAAACAACCAAAGAGAAUACAAGGGGACGAAAAGGAAACGAAGGGGGGAAAGCAUCUGCCUUCAGAGCAGUGUUUGUAGCAGGACACUCUCUGCUCUAAUUCCAGCGCAGCGAAGAAACAGCGACGAAAUAGCCAAAAUGGCAGAAAAA